AUGACUUUCCUUUGUGAUCUGAUAANGAGCCGUCAUUUUCAUGGACGAGAGGAAAAUCCGUCAGAACAAGGAGAUGAGGACAUUGUAAUAAAUCCACCUAAUUAUAACACGGGAAUAGAAUUUCCAGAUGGUCGGGAAGCCGAGAAAAGUGAAGAGUUUGUCUCGCAUCCACUGACGUACAGAUUGGUGAACCAGAGAUGGAACUAUGGUUUGCCGUCGCAGUACCUUGAAGGAUGGAAGCUUGUUUUUCUGUACAUUUUCACCAUUCUUGAGACGACUUUGACUCCUUUUCUAAGUCCACUCAUCACAUAUGUAUUCUACAUGGAUCAGAAAUCUGGCACUAAGACUACGAGAAGAGGAAAAGCCGUAAAGACACUUCCAGAUAAGUACUUAAGCUACUUGACGACACCUUUCGUAAUCUUUUUGAAGGACAAGCUCAGUCAGUCGGUCUUCAUAGUGCUGCACGUUAAAAUUUCCAUCCUACCAUCUUCUGUUUCGCCAAGGACAGAGGAAUACCUAAUUCUGAUAUUUUAUGUUGGCUCUUUGUUCACAGAGUUCCAACAGUACAGAACAUCUCAAUCUAAAGUGUAUCUACGGAAUAUGUGGAAUUACGUGGAUGUAAUGACUCUCUCCCUGCACGCACUAAUAUUGGUUCUCCGAAUCAUUUCGAUCUUAGUCAAAGCCUCCACACAUCUUGUAUGGUCCGUCUUUGGCCUCACUAAUCUUGAGACCAUGGGAUCUCAUGGGGAGUUGUCUUCAGCCGUAGUUGGUGUUCUGUACGUCUUGUUCUUGAUUCUCUCAGUUAUUAUGUUGGUAAACAUGCUUGUUGCAUUGCUCACAAACACCUACCAGAAGGUCGAGACUAAUGCUGACGUAGAAUGGAAGUUUUCACGUGCAGUGGUAGCAGAUGAGUACAGAAGAUUUCAUCCUAUUGUAGCUCCCUUCAAUAUAAUUUCUCUUCCUCUUUGCCACUGCUAUAUCAAGAGAUGUGGUGAUCGCCGAGCAAAGAUGGCUGAAGAUCGACGCAAAUAUUAUAACGAGUUUUAUAAUAAACAACUUUUCCCUGCCAUCAAGAAGCGCUACCAGGAAAAACACGGCCUUUCGUUUCCAAUGUCAAGUAAGUAAGGGAACGAGGAAAGAGAAAUCCCUUCCUAAAUAAAUAUAGAUGCUGUCAGGACUGAAGGCAUCUUUAAAUUUUCUUUUCAAACAUUUA